AGCCGUGGCGAGAAGCACCGCCGCUGGAGCAAGGACUCCAGGGGGCGGAGUCACGAGAAGCGCAGCAGCAGCCGCGACCGCAAGGGUCGUGACCGACGGAGCAGCUCACGCGAGCACAAGAAGCACAGCUACUCUCCUCGGAGAAGCCGUAAGAAAAGGACAUACAAGUACUGGGAUGUUCCCCCUCCGGGAUUCGAGCACAUCACCCCCAUGCAGUACAAGGCAAUGCAAGCUGCAGGGCAGAUCCCCACGAUAGCUUUACUGGCAACAUCCACCACCAGCGGCGUGGCAGUGACGCCCACCCAGGUGCCGAUGGUCGGCAGCCAGAUGACCCGGCAGGCCAGGCGGCUUUAUGUCGGCAACAUCCCCUUCGGCCUGACGGAGGAGGCCAUGGCGGAUUUCUUCAAUACCCAGAUGCGAUUGGCUGGCUUAUGUCAAGGUCCCACCAAUCCCGUCCUCGCUGUUCAGAUAAACCAGGACAAGAACUUUGCCUUCCUUGAAUUUCGGUCCGUGGAUGAGACCACGCAGGCAAUGGCCUUCGACGGCAUCAUUUUCCAGGGUCAGUCGUUAAAAAUCAGGCGGCCCCACGACUAUCGCCCCCUGCCUGGCAUCUCAGAGCAGCCCGCCUUCCACGUACCAGGGGUCGUCUCCACCGUGGUUCCAGACUCGCCACACAAGCUCUUUGUCGGAGGCCUGCCCAACUAUCUCAGUGACGAUCAGGUACCCCGCCCUCAGUCUCUGUCGCCGGGGAGCCGACCCACAACCCUCCUGUGUUUCUGUCCCACUGCUGCACGUGGAACUCAAGCAGGCAUGCACACACACGCA